AUGCUAUCCGGUAAGAAGGGGUCCAAGGGUCCAAAAACUGGGCUGUCUCAAGCAAUCAGGCGGCUAGCACCCGUCCUUCACUCUGGGUCGUCCGACAAUGCACAAUCUACUACAGUGGUUACUGUUUAUGCACAAUCUAACAAUGUUAUACAGAGGAUUCGGCGACGCCGCUCCAAGAAAUUCCCAGCAACAUUUCAAGAUAAAAGAUCAGGGAAUUUCCACACAGUCCUGAGGUUUGUGUUGGGAGCAUCAGACUACUUUCCAAUACUUCAACCCCAUAUUGAUCUCUAUGGCGCGGAGUUUGGCUUAGUUUUACAAACUCACGAUACACAGCUGAGUCGGUACAAUUCUCGAGUGCCACAUUUGUGUCCGGCAAAGGUGUCAUGGACACCGCCUGUUGCUAUGGACUCAUCCGUCGGUCUUCCAGAGCCCAGGCCCAGGCCGUCUUCCGUUUUCCCUCCUUCCGCAACUGAGACGGGCUUUGAAAGACCAAUAGGAAGUGUCUCCAGGGCCAAAUUACAGAGUCCCAUUGGCGGAAUUCUCUCCGGCUCGAGCUGGUCCCUUGACCCUCUGCUGCGCUGUUGCGUCACUAGGGGUCUAGGCCCUCUUGCCGGUAGCGAAAACGGACCUCUUAGUGCGUGGGCAACGUGUCAGCCAGAGGAGGAAGUUUGCAACAUGGUGCCCCGUAACACCUUGAGAGAACAUCUGUAUUUGGUAAGGCGGUAUCAGUGGGACAAGUGGGAUGAGAAGAACGAGGGAGAAGGGUGGUUUGAUUUGCACAGUGGCCCCGGCUUCGUUCUCGUCGCAUUUCCCAGCGAAAGAGGAUCACGUAGACCAAGCCCGAAGAGAAGAACCUUGAGCAAUCUCUUCCUUUACUUGCUGACAUGUAACAUCAUGCAAGGAACCCAGUCUGUCCUGAAACAAAAGUUACAGCAGCUUGGACCCUAUGCCAGCUUAGGUGCCUUGGUUCAAGAAGUGCCAAGGACUACACCUUGCUAUUCUCUCCACUUUGCUGGGAUCAAGAAGAUGUUGCUGCCAGCAGUUUUGAUUACCUUCCAGUUGAAAAGAUGCCACGAUACAGGAUUUCCUAUCGUCAAGGUCCUUGGAAAAAGAAACAUUUCAAAAAACUUCAUGCUCCAUCUUCUGUUCAAUAGCAUAAUCAAGGAAGCAGUAAUGUUUGUUGUCGUGUUUGUUGGAGGCAGACGGAUGAAAGUGCAAUCCGCGUUGAAACUUCAAUUGAUAGAGGAACCAAUGCAAUUCCAGAAGCAGCUGAUGGAAUACAGUAGUGUGUCAGAGGCCUUUAACAUCAUGCCAGUGUUCCUAUCACUCUACUUCAUCAACUAA